AUGUCUGAACCUAUUGUACCUAUAACAGUUACCGGAGUUUCAUACAAUGAGGAUAUUAAUUGGAUUGAAGAAGCUAUCGGUAAAAAACAUAUUAAAUAUUAUGAAUUUGAGAACUUUAACAAUAUUGAAGAAAUUGGUUCGGGAAGCUUCGGAAAAGUCUAUCGUGCGAACUGGAAAAAUUCUCAUAGUUUUUUAGCUUUGAAAUCCUUUUUUAAUUUAAACAAUGCCACAAUUAAAGAAAUUGUCAAUGAGCUUAAACUUCAGCGUGAAGUGGAUUUCCAUGAGAAUAUUAUUCGUUUUUUUGGUGUUACGACAGAAAAUCAAAAUAGUUAUAAUGGUAAUUCAAAAAAUUAUUGGUUAGUAAUGGAGUAUGCUAAUAAUGGUACUCUUCAAGCGUUUUUAAGAAAUCAUUUUAAUAUUCUUACUUGGAAUGAUAAAUAUAAUAUGUCACUUCAGUUGGCUCAUGCUUUAUUAUGCCUUCAUGAUGAAGGAAUCGUUCAUCGUGAUCUGCACUCUAAAAACGUAUUAGUCCAUCGAAAUACCAUUAAGUUGGCUGAUUUUGGACUAUCAAAAAGAAUUGAUGAAACAUAUAAUUCACGAUCAGAUUUAUUUGGUGUAGUUCCAUAUAUUGAUCCAAAAAAAUUCGAUUUUCAUCCAUACUCUUUAAACAAAAAAAGUGAUAUUUAUAGUAUUGGAGUGCUUCUGUGGGAGAUAUCAAGUGGUCAGCCACCAUUUAGAGGAAAAUCAUCUUAUAGUUUAAUUGUACAAAUUCCACAAGGUCUUAGAGAAACACCUGUUCCUGAUACACCCACCACUUAUGUAAAUCUUUAUACUGAAUGUUGGGAUGGAGAGCCGGAUAAACGUCCAAUUAUCAAACAGAUAGUUGCUAAGUUAAAAGCAUUUAUCUUUAAUGUGAUGAUUGAUGAAAUAAUUAAUCUCCCUAAUAAGACAGGGGAUGAAGUAGAAAAACAAGAAAUUCUUAAUUAUCUUAACAAUCAUAAUGUGACUUCAAAUGAAAUUUAUAAUUGGUUAUUAAAUGAUCAGAAGAAUUCAAAUUCUAUUGUUCUACUUGCAGCUUUUAAUUAUUUUGGAAUUGAAACUGAUAUUGAUAAGAGAAAAGCAUUUGAAUUAUAUAAAAAGGCUGCAGAUUUAGGAAAUGCAGAUGGAAUAAAUGAUUUAGGUUAUUGUUAUCAUUGGGGAAUUGGAACUGAUAUUAAUAAAACAAAGGCAUUUGAAUUAUAUCAAAAGGCAGCAGAUUUAGGAAAUAAAUAUGGAAUGAUUGGUUCAGGAAUUUGUUAUGAAUGUGGAAUUGAAACUGAUAUUGAUAAGAGAAAAGCAUUUGAAUUAUAUCAAAAUGCUGCAGAUUUAGGAAAUUCAUCUGGAAUGUAUUAUUUAGGAUAUUGUUAUCAUUAUGGAAUUGGAACUGAUAUUGAUAAGAGAAAAGCAUUUGAAUUAUAUCAAAAGGCCGCAGAUUUAGGAAAUGCAUUUGGAAUAGAUUGGUUAGGAUAUUGUUAUGAAAAUGGAAUUGGAACUGAUAUUGAUAAGAGAAAAGCAUUUGAAUUAUAUCAAAAGGCCGCAGAUUUAGGAAAUGCAUUUGGAAUAGAUUGGUUAGGAUAUUGUUAUGAAAAUGGAAUUGGAACUGAUAUUGAUAAGAGAAAAGCAUUUGAAUUAUAUCAAAAGGCUGCAGAAUUAGGAAAUGCUAAUGGAAUAAUUAAUUUAGGACGUUGUUAUCAAUAUGGAAUUGGAACUGAUAUUAAUAAAACAAAGGCAUUUGAAUUAUAUCAAAAGGCUGCAGAUUUAGGAAAUGCAUUUGGAAUAGAUUGGUUAGGACAUUGUUAUGAAAAUGGAAUUGGAACUGAUAUUGAUAAGAGAAAAGCAUUUGAAUUAUAUCAAAAUUCUGCAGAUAUAAGGAAUGCUAGUGGAAUUUCUUGA